AUGACCGGUGGCGCCUGGGCAGAUAGUGUUUACACCUUCUUCAACAACUCCCUUUUCGCUACUUCUUCCUCUGCGACUACUCUCCUUGGAGACUUGAGGGGUGGGAAUACUUUGCACGACACCUGGGAACAGGAUUUCGAGCGCGUGAUGGAAAUGGGAGGUGAUCUGCCAGAACCUGAUGUUCCUCGAGCUGCAUCACCACUCUCUGAAGAAGAUGCCCCACUAUCAACUGCUAUCAGUGUGGCCAUUGACAAAACACCAAUCAUCGUUGACACACCUCAGUCUAUAUCUGCAGCUAUGCAAGGUCUUGCUAUGGCAGAGGACCGCAAGCUAUUAACACCACCUAUUGAUAACACAGCUGCACUCAAUGAAGGCUCGCAGCCACCCAUUCCUCUCGUUCAGAAGCCUAAGCCCAAGCCCAAGCCCAGGCGCAAGACUAAGGCUGGUACUGGUGCUGAGGGUGCUACUGCUGAGGAUCUUGAAGUGCGAAGGUCUGGCUGA